UCUAUAAAGCACCCUCGCCGUCCGAGGAAGGCGACCAUCCCCAGCAGAGAGAGACGAACCAGACCAUCGCGCCGCAUAGCAUGAGCAACACCGGCGGCGAGGAGGCGCUGAGGCAGCAGUACGUCCUCGGCGAGGAGAUCGGUCGCGGCCGCUUCGGGGUCGUCCGCCGCUGCUACUCCGCCGCCUCCGGGGAGUCCCUCGCCGUCAAGUCCACGCCCAAGGCGCCGCUCCGGGACAAGUCCGACCCGCUCGACCUGGCCCUGGCCGAGCAGGAGCCCAAGGUGCACCUCCUCGCCUCCGCGCCGCCCUGCAGCCCGCACGUGGUCGCGCUCCACGCCGCCUUCGAGGACGCGCACGCCGUCCACCUCGUCAUCGACCUCUGCGACGGCGGGGACCUCUUCUCCCUCAUCUCCGCCCGCGGCCGCCUCCCCGAGCACGAGGCCGCCGGGAUCGCGGCCCAGCUCGCCGCCGCGCUCGCGGCCUGCCACCGCCGCGGGGUCGCGCACCGGGACGUCAAGCCCGACAACCUCCUCUUCGACGCCGCCACGGGCGCGCUCAAGCUCGGCGACUUCGGCUCCGCGGAGUGGUUCGUGGACGGGCGGGCCAUGUCGGGGUUGGUGGGAACGCCCUACUACGUCGCGCCCGAGGUGGUCGCCGGGAGGGAGUACGGCGAGAAGGUGGACGUGUGGAGCGCCGGGGUGGUGCUGUACAUGAUGCUCUCCGGGACCGUGCCCUUCUACGGCGCCACCGCGCCCGAGAUCUUCGAGGCCGUGCUCCGUGGCACCCUGCGCUUCCCUCCGCGCGCCUUCGCGAAAGUCUCGCCUGAGGCUAAGGACCUCCUGCGCCGCAUGCUGUGCAGGGACGUCUCCCGGAGGUUCUCCGCCGAGCAGGUCCUGAGGCAUCCAUGGAUCGUGAGCCGUGGCGGGAAUGCGGUGGCGGACUGAAGACGAUCGACAUGUUUCAUGCGCUCCCUCCACGGCUCCACCUGUAGAUAGAUCUUCAGAGAGAUGACGACCCUGUGAGUCUUUUGCCCUGUUAAUUUCCGGCAAAUCGGCCUUGGACAGAGCAGUGGUGGACUGGUAGAUGAAAUAGUGCUAGUAACCGGAACUUCCUUGUUUGUUCUAAAUCUGUGAAAGUGUGAAGUCCUUGCUCAGUUUUUCUAGCUUGUAGACAGACUUUGUUCAGGCAAAAAUGGAACAGAGAAUCUGGGUGUUUUUGUACUCAUCACCUAUGUGUUGCUUCA